GCGAACGGGCUUGCGUGGAAAACGGCCCUUUUACGCGCUUAGGGAGCAGGUACGAGCAGUUUGGCAGGAGGCACCGAAGAGAAGUUCGCUUGCGUCGGGGUUUGUGUCGAGCUUGUAAAAAUCCUGCUGGCUUUUGGCGGUCCCCCUCCCCCCGAAUAAGAUUGAAGUGGAUCUAGGGACGAAUGGAUGACUAAAUACUCAUAUGAAGAGGAAAGCCAUAAAAGACAUCAGCGCCUUUGAGAACAGAAUGUUAAUGCUUGAUGGGAUGCCGGCAGUCAGAGUCAAAACAGAGCUGCUGGAAUCCGAGCAAGGGUCUCCAAACGUCCACAAUUACCCAGAUAUGGAAGCUGUACCCUUGUUACUAAACAACAUGAAGGCAGACCCCGUGGAGGAUUCAUUAUCUACAGACCAUUUCCAAACACAGACUGAACCAGUGGACUUGUCAAUAAACAAAGCCAGGUCAUCCCCUACAGCAGCUUCAUCUUCACCGGUUUCCAUGACAGCAUCAGCCUCCUCCCCUUCUUCUACUUCUACUUCUUCUUCUUCUAGUCGGCCAGCGUCAUCACCCACAGUAAUAACAUCAGUAUCCUCAGCGGCAUCUGUACCAUCAGUAUUAACUCCAGGUCCUCUUGUGGCCUCUGCGUCUGGUGUUGGAGGCCAGCAGUUUUUGCACAUUAUCCAUCCAGUACCACCUUCAAGCCCCAUGAACUUGCAGUCUAACAAAAUGAGUCACGUGCACCGUAUCCCCGUGGUGGUACAGUCGGUACCUGUUGUCUAUACAGCUGUGAGAUCACCUGGGAAUAUGAACAACACUAUAGUAGUACCACUGUUGGAGGAUGGGAGAAGCCACGUCAAAGCACAAAUGGACCCCCGAGGCCUAUCUCCCAGACAAAUUAAAAGUGACAGUGAUGAUGACGACCUGCCAAAUGUGACCUUAGAUAGCGUUAAUGAAACUGGAUCUACAGCGCUCUCCAUAGCCAGAGCAGUACAAGAAGAGAGCAUGUGGGGCUGUGCCAGGUCAGCUGUUAACCCUUUUCGUUUUUUCAACUCCAGUUCCAUUUCACCGUUCAGUAUUGAGAGCACAAGGCGUCAGAGAAGGUCCGAGUCUCCAGACUCCAGGAAGCGGCGCAUCCAUCGGUGUGACUUCGAGGGAUGCAACAAAGUAUACACAAAAAGUUCCCACCUGAAGGCUCACCGGAGGACGCACACAGGAGAAAAACCCUACAAAUGUACCUGGGAAGGCUGCACCUGGAAGUUUGCUCGCUCCGACGAACUGACGAGGCAUUACCGCAAGCACACGGGAGUGAAGCCAUUCAAGUGUGCAGACUGUGACCGCAGCUUUUCCCGCUCAGAUCACUUGGCGCUCCACCGCCGCAGGCACAUGCUGGUUUGAGAAACGCUACCUGUUCCAGCCAAGUUUAAGAGCUGGGUCUCUUAACUACCCGGAGUGAAUUCAGCAGGGCUGAAUCCCCCUCUACAGUGUUAACAGGCAGGGCUUUCCCUGAUGUCCGUAACAAAAAAUAAUAACAGAAAUUAAAAAAAAAAAAGCAGGAAAAGAAGUGCCACUCUUCUCCUUGCCAUCUGAAGUUAACCCCGUCUGCCCCUCAGCAUGGCUACCCCCUGAAAGUGUCAUCACAAUCACCAGGGAAAUAGCAGCCAAAAUGCUACAGGAAUGGGCAUUAUUUUACAUGCUGCGUCCUUUGACAAAAAAAUGUUUAUAGCUUGUAUGUUUUCUCAGCUGUCGGACAUUUUGUUCCUGAAAAAUCACUGCUGAUUGGAGGAUUAGAUAUGACAAACCGAUGAUGAUGAUGAUGAGAGCAAGACCGCUAGACCUUUAUUAUUCCAUCUUUUCCCCUUGUUUUGAAUACCAUCUGGCCGGUGUCAGCAUUAUGCCCGAGCUGUGCUACAGACAAGCUGCGUGUGAGUAGGCAAGAAGAUUCUGCUGGAGAGGUCCCGCUGUUGGAGCUGAAGGGUCGCUUGAGCAGACUUUUGCAAUAACGAUGGUGGCAUUUUAAUAUUGUACCACAAUUUGUCAUUAUGCCCUAGAGGACACCAGCCAUUUAACCUUUCUCUUUUUUUUUCCUUUCUUUUCUUUUGUUGUUGUUGUUGUUGAAGUCUGUAAAAUAAACAAGGGGCAGCAGCAUCUCUGCUGAAAGUACAAUAUUAAGUAUCUGUAUUUUACCAUGGACUUAUUUAGAACCAUUUUCUGGUUUGUAUAGAAAAAGCCCAUCUAAAAACUACUACCCCAUUCUCAAAGUGCAGUUUUCUUUCAUGCAGGUAUCCUCUUCCCCACGAGCAGUGUUUGAACAGAAGGAAAUAGUCAGAUCUUAUACUUGCUGAUACCAAGGUUAGUGGUGUAGCCAUUCAUGAAAUGGAAUUGAAUGUACCAACAAACAAAACAGAAGAAACAGGUGCAUCUCUCGCAGAGAAAAAGCAAUAAUGAGUAAAAUGGCUCUCGAGACAAUAAUUUACUCCACACCAACAGAAGGGGGGGGUAUGCAGAAAUAGCACGUAAGAUCAUUUAAGUUAAUCUUUCUGAUGGUUUCACUGACCUGCUAGGUACCACAAUUAAGUACUUCCAUUUCCUUCAACAUAAUACUUGUGUCUGGAAAGCAAGAUAGAUAAAGGAAAGAGCUGAUUGUUGAGGAGUCAGAGGAUGAACUGUAAGUAGGAAGACGAAAUGGUUCUGCAGUGGUGCUCUGCAAGACAUUAGGUUUCUCCCUGGGCGUUAGGGAAUAACAAGAUUUUGCCAGCUGUCUAGUAUGAUAUAAAUGGCCCUUUAUAUGGGUACCAGUGGCUGCCCCUGCUGGGAUUUUCAAUCCAAGCCUUUUCAGAUUAAAUAAAAGGAAAUUCUUGAUCAUUCCCAUACAGCCCUGUAAUUGUGAACCAAUUUGUAUUAAUUGAAUUAUGUAGGAAAGAGAGAAACUCUUAGUCAUCAGUUGUUCAUGCAAACAGAAUAGUGUUUUUCUGUUUUCUUUCCUCACAAGGAUCUGCCUAUUCAUCUAAAUUUGACAAAGAGGAGGCUUGGCAAGAUGUUUUAAGUGUUGAGAGUUUUAUAGCUUAGAGAGAAAAGAUGUAUACAUGAAAGUCUUUUGCAAUGCAUUUAAUUAUGAAUAUUUGGUUCCAGGAAUUGCACAGAUUAAACUUGUGAUGCCACUUGUUCAUUUUUAAAUGUUUGACCAGUCUGAAUUAAUUUCUGAUUCCUGAAGUAACCAUAGUAAUGUUGGGGGGAUUCUGAAAUUGAGGUAAUCUUAAAGAAAAAACAGCACAGAGUACCCAUACAAAUACUGAAAGCAAUUACAGUUAAUUGAGGAUUAAUAUGACUGGGAUAAUACUUCAUAACAGCAUUCACAGGCCCCAGAGUUUGAUUGUCUUUAAAUACAUUCUUAAUAUUCCCCGGUACCAGAUAGUUUAUCAGCUCUCUGAAAGAACUUCAAUACUGUUAAAGCUCAGGCUCUCCUCUGCCGACUGGUCAGCAGAGAAACCCAAGACAAAUUAUUCGCAGCCAUUGUGGGAAAAAUGCCUCUGUCAAUUCCCAUUGACUGUGUUGGUAAUCAACUUCCACAAAAUUCAGCAACGGUUUAGUAUCCGGCUCCAAAUCGGGAAUGAAGCAGGGGCACUAAGUGUCUGUGCAAAGCACGGAAAGGCUGCGACGGAUCAGGGCUUCUGGAUAGGCCAUGAGGCAUUGUGGGGCAGCAGAACUGGGUCUUUACCAGCAGCUUUACUGCUGUUGGUUUAAAAAACUGGUUGUCAGUGUUGUACGUGAGAUGGUUCAUGGAUUACGUCUGAGGUCUGUCUUUUAUGUACUUCAAUAUUGUCCCCUUAAAUGGAUCUGUCAUUCUCAGCGUUUAGGGAGAGAAGUCAGGUCAGGUGGAAGUCAAUUGAUAAAGUUAUUUUCCUGCCCAAGAACAUUUUACUGACUAAUUACUUGAAUAGCAGUAAUUCAGUUGAAGAACCGAUGGCAUACAGAAUUCCUUUCAGAAUCUGUGAUCUUUUUUCUCCCAUAGAAAAUGAAGUUUGUUUGACCAGAAGCUCUUAAGGCCAUUCUGUUAGCGUACAAGAAGAGCAGUGAGAGAGAACAUCUCUGAUGUUAUUCACAAAGGCAGGGUAUGGCUGGGAGAGACCAGUGUCCUCUUUGGGCUUCCUCUGUAGUCUAUGAAGAGAGAACUUGAGAGGCCUUAAAUUCCAGCAUUCAGCUCUGAACUGCCCCAAGGAGGAGCAUAUGUAUCACAGACCCUGGGGACGCUCCUCUCCCAAGGCCAAGGUUGGUCUGUGUGAAUCCCUUGUCUUUCAGCUGGUUGCCCAUUACUUUAUGCACAGGAAACACUGCAACAGAAAGAGGGUCUGGUUUUAUUCGAGGAACCCCAAAGUGAUACAGGGAUAAAGCAGCACUCAUGUCAAGGGACACAGGCAUAGAGCGUGUCAAUGGUAACAGAGUGAAGCCAAAAGUUAAAGGAACGUACACUACAUUUUCUUAUUUCACAGGCAGGAAGUAUAUCCUCAACCUUUCCGGCACACGUGUAAGGGCUUUUCAUGCUGCUGUUGCCUCUAGAUAAAUUACACAACCAGCAGUAGUCCACCACUGGGUUUCAAGUACCCAGUAUGGUUCUUGGCAAGUUUCUCAUUGGUACCAGCACCCACAGGCUUUGGCCCCAAAUACUCCGUGAGGUUGUUUUCUGGUUUGUUUUCCGCUUCAGAAGUAUUUUAAGAGAAGUUACUCUGUGGGAGGAGGGUGUUUGGAUGUGGAGCCGAUGUCCCCCAGAUUCUCAGGGUGUCCUUCCAUCAGUGGCUGUGGUUCAGACCCGCCAAACUUCUGUGCUUGUGCAGAGACUGAGGGCGAUUGCUCCAGGGUAGUUUCCUCAGAAAUCCUGGUAUCCCACCACAGGUCUGUGACAUUUCAUAACCAUGGCGAAGACUUACAUCAUAUGUAGCAUGCAGAAGUACCAGAUCUCAUCUUGACACAACACAAUUGUGUUGUGUCAAUUAUCUUAAUUGAGCGGUUGGGAGAGACAAAUAUAGAGUAUCCUGUUCUUUUGGAAAGACAGAAAUUUAUGCUUUUAAGUGUGAGUAAAGGAUGGGUAAUAUCUACCAUGCGCAUUACAGCUUACAAGGGAAACCGUGCCACAAAGUGUCAGAUUUCAAACGUUUCCAAAAGGAUCCAAUGGAUUUGUCAGGAAAUCUCAGCAGCCAGCAUUAUAGGAAAACAUAACGAGCAAGCAGCUUUGAUACAGAACUUUUUAAAUUUUAAAUUGUCGUUAUUUUUUGAGCUCCUGUUUUAUUCAGCACUGUAAAAUUGGCUCAUUGCAACAGCAGUUUGUACUUGGGGAUGAAGAUGCAGUAUUCCUUAUUCUCUAUCAUGCUUACACAAUUAAUUAAAUAGAUUUAGACUGACUUGUAUAUAUGAUUAUUUGCUGGAGUAAUGUAUAACAAAAUUAACAGUGUUAAAAAUUACAUCAGUGAUGUUGAUGUUUGGGGUAACCUCACAGUGCAGAGCAUGGACAAAUAGCUGGACAACCUUUCUCCCCUUUAAUAAUGGGAAUAACAGUGAUCAUAAGUCUCGUUUUCCAUUAACCACAUUGAAAAUGUAUUCUAGUUGCCAUUUAUAAAUUUAUCUUCUGAUAAUAAAUGCUGUUUAAUG